AUGAGUGAUGCAAUUUCAUUCCGAGUUGCAAUUACUAUGUAGCUUUCUACAACUGCUAUACGUACAAAUUUGCAUGUAGGUCGGGAUUAGAAAUAUUGGGAUUCAAGUGGUAAAUCCCGAAUUCAGACCACUUCAAACUUGUUAUCAGACACAAUAAUCUACCGCAAUAAACACGGGCAGACUGAGCCUUGCUCAACAUAGAAUCCGCACCAAUGGUUCUAAUUUCAUACAGGAUAAUGCUGCGUUUGAGGGUUGGCAAAAACGUGAAUUACCAUUAAAGUAAGGACUAAUCUUACAGCAACUCAUAUCAAGAGAUGAAAACGUCCCUUUGUCAGUGCUGUUUGCCAAUGGGACAAGUUUCAUUGUCAUGAUUGCAGCAAUCUCAGUCUACAUCAACAUGGUACUCAAUGGACGCUCAUUUGUCACGGGCUACAACCAACUUCUGACCCUUGAAUCAAACUUGGAAGCCCUAGAAGAAAACUCACACGCUGCUGGACGACUAAAACCUGAGCCUGACAAUGACCUCUUUGUUAAGGCAUUGAAACCAUGCACUUUAUUUUGCUACCCUUCCGCACUUGUCGUAACGUGUGUCGCAGUGUUUCUGAAAAUUGAUCCUGGCUACCUCUUCUUUCAUCAAACAAGGGUGUUUUUAGGAUAUGCAAAUGAUUCGGCAUGGACCACAGAAAUGAUUGUAGGAUUUCUGAGGUCAAGUGUAUUUUUCUUGGCACUUAUGGAAACUGGGAGGGUAUGGCCCUUGGCCUGCAUGGUGCAUAUCUCGUAUAAAAUGAUGAUCAGCAACUGUAUUGGAGUGAUGCACAGGAUAACGCAAAGGAUUCAUGAGUGUGGAAUAUCAAAAAUUAAAAAUGUCGCCCUCUUGAAAAUGGUGCUUUAUCAGCAGAAUAAUCUUAACCUUGUGAUGGGACUAGGUGGGUCCUUGGAUCAAACGGCGCUGUUUAUUCAGCUGCAGAUGACCGUGAUUUGCGGAAUCGUCACAAAUUUUGCAACCUUAAGGUUCUACGAUUCACUCCCGUUCGUCAUCUAUCACAAAAUGCCGUUUAUCUCAUUAUUGCUGGCGUUAUGUACCAAUGCCAUGUUGAAAUAUUGUCAUGUAAUCGCUGACAAUUCCACCGAUCUACGCAUUCUGUUGACAAAAGUGACUGGAUGGAAUGGACGUCGUGGAUAUUUCUCAAGAAAGGUGGCCGCCAUUCGAGGCCUCCGAAUAUACGGAGGAGUGGGACAUGUGCAAAUUCUUUGGAUCGAACGGGGGACCAAAGCAAAGUUCUUUGAUUUUAUUUUGAAUCAAACAAUUGAUUUAUUAUUGGCAAUUCCCAGGGGGGUAAAAAUAUACAAGUCAAAAGCUGGAAAAAGAGCUAAAUCAAAAUUGGCAGUGGCAUUAUAAAAUAAAUAUUUGUGGCAGAAUUUGCACUUGACACAAGUAGUAGAUUUGCAUGCAAAUAACAAGUCGUAGUAUGCACAAACGCAUAUUUAUUCUGGAAAACAAACACGGAUUGUGAACUUGUGUAGUUUUAUUAUGCUUUGUAAAUAUAAAUAAUGUGACAUGAAACACUUCGGAAUUAUUUGUUAAAGCCUU